GCACCAUAACAAUGCGUUCUUCGCCCGGGUCGGCGGCGUGAGCAAUGCCGAGCUCAACUGGCUAGAGCUUGAGCUGCUCUUCUUGCUCGAUUUCGAGCUCACGGUCACGCCGCGCGUCUACGAGAGCUACUACUUCCACCUGCACAAGGAGAUGCUCGCGUCCGGAACCUACAAGCAGAGGAUCACAAGAUCUCCGACGACAGGGAAUGGUACCAUCGACGAGGACGGUAAUUUCGAAACCAACAAGCAGAAGAUCACAAGAUCUCCAAUGACGAAUGGUGUGAUCGACGAGGACGGUGAUUUCGAAUCAGUGGCGGACGGACGGCCUCGACGGUGGUCGCUAUCACCGCCCCGCCGCUCCAUCGACUGUUGCUGA